AUGAACGUCUCAAGAAAGCCUCGCUUCGGUGCCCCAGGCACACUCUUUUUUCUUAACUCUGCUCACUCUGCACUUUGGACGCCGGUUGCUUCAGGAAACUGGAGUCAAGUGCAGUCCACUACGUCGUUUCACAGUGCAGUGCCGGGUUGUGGGCGUAGCACGCGCUCGCUCGUGCACCGCGCCGGUGCACGUUGGGGUCUGCGAGCGCUGCGCUGCAGCUCUGCCAACGCCCCCAUGACCAUAGAGGGGGCUCGGAUCGGGCCGCCGCCUGAUCUGCCGUCUCUUUUGCUGCACAACCGCAUCGUCUAUAUUGGGAUGCCGCUCACAGCGCCAGUUUGUGAACUCAUCAUAGCCGAGCUUCUUUACCUGAACUACAACGAUCCCGACAAGCCGGUCUACGUUUACAUCAACUCGACGGGGACCAUGGGUCUCGACGGCAGCACUGCUGGUUUCGAGACCGACGCGUUUGCGAUCAUCGACACCAUGAACUACAUCAAGCCGCCGGUUUACACUAUCUGCGUUGGAUCUGCUUUUGGUCUAGCAGCAGUGAUCUUGGCAUGUGGCGACAAGGGCAACCGUGCUGCCCUACCGAACGCGUCGAUCAUGCUGCAUCAACCGCGGGGCACAGCCCGAGGCCAAGCGGCAGACAUCGCUAUCAAGGCGCGGGAGAUUAUGUACAAUCGGAAAGUUGCCAUGGAGAUUCUGGCGGAGCACACCGGGCGCACCGCUGAGGAAUGUUUGAAAGCGAGCGAGCGGACCAAGUAUAUGACUCCACAGGAGGCAAAGGAAUUCGGAAUUAUCGAUAAGAUUUUACGAAGUGAGAAGGAUUUGCCGAAGGACAUGCCUGCCUUCCUCAAGCAGCUCUGA